AUUAUCAUUUGUAUACCGGUUGAUUUUGAAACGGAAACAAAAACAUUUUUAAACAACAACAAUAAUGAUUAUGAUUAUGAUGAAAUUCAAUCAAAUAAUAAUAAUGAUUCAUCAAUUUGUCUAACAAAUCAAUGUAUCUAUUUAAGUGGACAAUUUCUUUCGUCAAUCGAUCAGGAAAUUGAUCCAUGUAAUAAUUUUUAUCAAUUUUCUUGUGGUCGAUGGAUAUUAGAACAUCCUAUACCAAAAUAUGGUAAUCAUUGGGAUCAAUUUCAAUCAUUUGCAUUAUCCAUUAAGAAUCAUCUGAAAAAACAUCUUGAAAAUAAAACAACAUUCAAUUCAAAUUUAACAAUUAUUUAUGAAAAAUUAUAUGAAUUUUAUAAUGGAUGCAAUGAUAAAAAACAACGAAACAAAAAUGGUUAUGAAUCAAUCUAUCGGAUUAUCGAUAAUAUAGGUGGUUGGCCAAUGUUGGAUGGUCAUCAAUGGGAACAUCGAAAAUCGGCAAAUCAUUAUCGUUGGGAAAAUGCUUAUGUAGAAUUAUCACGAUUAGGUCAACAAUAUUUAAUAGGUAUUGAACCUAUUAUUGAUUUUCGUAAUACAAGUAAAACUAUUAUCAAACUUGGACCACCAUAUAAAACAUCGGAAAAUAUAAUUAAUCUAAUGAAAAAAUCAAAAAUAUUAUCAAGAAAAAAUGAAAAUGAUAAUAAUCUUUUGGUUGGUGAUCAACUUGAACAAACAAAACAAUUAUAUAUGAAAAUGUUAAAACUAAUAAGAAAAAAUCGAACGAAAUCUAAUCAUAGUAAUAAUAAUGAUCAAUUGAAUGAUGAUGAAUUAAUGUCAGAUAUUAAUAAAAUGAUUAAUUUACAAAUUCAAUUACAAAAUGAUGCUAGCCAAAGACAUUCAAUGGUAUAUUUUCAGGAAAAUUAUGAAAAACAUUUAUUAAAUAUAUCGACAAUCAAAUCAAAUAUCAAUUUCGAUAUAUCCUAUAUACUUGAAGGUAUUUUUGGUCGUAAUUUUACCGAUGAUGAAGUAUUAUUUGUAUUGGAUAUUGAAUUUCUAAAACAAUUAAGUCCAUUGUUACUUGAUACACCGAAUCGAGUUUUAGCCAAUUAUAUGUCAACAAAUAUUGCAUUUCAAUUGAGUCGUCAUACAACAAUUGAAAUGUUAGAAUUAUUAGUUUCGAAAUUAGAUUCGCCCGAAGUAUUAUCAAAUAUUUGUUUUAUGGAAACAUCAAAUUAUUUGCCCGAAUUGUUGGGUAAACUUUAUACUGAUCUUUAUUUUAAUAAAAAUUCACGCGGUAAUAUUGGUUCAAUGGCACAAAUGUUACGUGAUUCAUUUCGACAAUUACUUAAACAAAGUGAAUGGAUGGAUACAAGUACAAUUAAUGAAGCGGUAAAAAAAUUAGAUUCAAUGGCAAUGAAUAUUGCCUAUCCAGAUUGGUAUAAUAAUGAUACAUUUUUAAUGGAAAAAUAUUUUUCAAUGUAUGAAGAUAUAAAUUCAACAAAUUAUAUACAAUCAGUGAUUAAUGUACUUCGUACUAGACAAAAUCAAUCAAAUGAAUUAAUGAAUAAUGAAAUGAUUGUCAAAGCAAAUUCAACUGAUCAUUCAACCAUAUGGCCAAUGCUACAGAUAACCGAUGUGAAUGCAUUCUAUUAUUUUACAACAAAUGGUGUUUAUCUACCUGCAGGUAUCAUACAGGAUGAUAUUUAUAUGGCCGAUUUACCUAGUGCAAUAACAUUCGGUUCGAUUGGUAUGAUAUUGGGUCAUGAAAUGACACAUGCAUUCGAUAAUAGCGGUCAACUAUAUGAUGAACAUGGUGAAUUACGAAAUUGGUGGACAAAUCAGACAAGAAAAUUAUUUGCCGAAAAAGCUGAUUGUUUUGUUGAUCAAUAUUCAAAUUUUUCGAUCAAUUCGGCAAAGGUGAAUGGUCUACAAACAUUGGCGGAAAAUAUUGCUGACAAUGGUGGAUUACGUGAAGCAUAUCGUGCAUUCAAAACAAAUGAACAUAAUGGAAAUAAUAAACGUUUACCAGGUGCAAUGUCUAAAUAUACACCUGAUCAAUUGUUUUUUAUUUCAUUUGCACAUAUGUGGUGCACGAAUAUGGAUCAAAAUGCAGCGAUUAAUAUAAUUGAAAACAGUGUACAUAGUCCACCAUCAGUUCGUGUACUUGGAUCAUUGGCAAAUUUUGAACAAUUUUCACAUACAUUUAAUUGUCCAAUCAAUAAACCGAUGAAUCCGGAAAAGAAAUGUGUUUUAUGGUAAUAACCAAAAAAAUAAAAAAAAAAUUAAGAUUUUCUUCCGUUUCAAACAUCCUUUCAACCAUCAUCCAUCAUCAUCAAU